AGAGUUGUUUUUAUGGGGGAUGACACAUGGGUGAGUCUUUUCCCCAAGAAGUUCCACAGAUCGCUGCCCUUCCCCUCCUUCAACGUGAAGGACUUGCACACCGUUGACAACGGCAUUCUCCAAAACAUUUAUCCUACCAUGGAGGGGGAUGACUGGGAUGUGUUGAUUGCUCACUUCCUGGGUGUGGAUCACUGUGGGCACAGAUUUGGCCCGGAUCAUCCUGCGAUGGCUGAGAAACUCUCUCAGAUGGAUGGAGUUAUCAGGUCAGUGAUAAAGCGUCUGAAAAACGACACCUUGCUGGUGGUGAUGGGUGAUCAUGGAAUGACAGACACUGGGGAUCAUGGUGGAGAGAGCCAGAAAGAGACAGAUGCUGCCCUGUUUCUCUACAGUUCCUCUCCCUUAUUUCCAGCACCAGGCUCCCAGGUGGAACCUGAGGUAGUACCUCAGACUGAUCUGGUGCCCACGCUGGCACUUUUGCUGGGAGUUCCCAUUCCUUAUAGUAGUGUGGGCCAGGUUCUUCUGCCACUUUUUCCUCAGAAUGGCUCCCGGGGUGUACCUACAGGACUCAGCCAAGCUGAGGCACUGUGGAUUAACGUCAAACAGGUAAGCCGCUUCUUGGAGACCUACUCUAACAUGGCCAAAGACAUCCCACCAGACAGUCUGUCUCAGCUGCGGGCUGACUUCUCAAACAUUUCCUCCCAGUACUUGGCCGCUGUCCACAAGGGCCAUCUUCCCUCUCCUGAGCUAGUCGUCUCCAUGCAGAACUAUUUGACAGCUGUCAGGGAGACUUGUAGAGCCUCCUGGGCCCGUUUCAACCCUUUCAAAAUGGCUGCUGGGCUGUUAAUCUUAGGAGUUGCCUGUAUGCUCUGCUAUGUCCUUUCUGAGUUGUCUCAUGUAGUGAUUCAGCAAGGCCUGCUGAAGUUGCCCAUACUCUCAGGGUUGGUGGUGGGUCUAGUAGUAGCUGCAGGUCAGCUGUUCUUGCAAGGAUAUUUGGAGCUCUCGUGGUGUGUGGGAGCUGCAGCACUUUCUUCUGAGGUUUUGUUUCUAUUGAGGACUCGAGGAGUUUCUCCAAAAGAGAGGUGGUCACCCUCUGGCCUCCUCACGCUGGCCCUUCUGGUGCUUUUCCUGCGCUGUGCCUCCCUACUCUCGGACAGCUAUGUCAUCUAUGAGGGCAACGUGGUUACCUUCUUGCUCUUCACGUUGAGCGUAUAUGUUCCUCUCCGUCUAAACUGGGAUGGACUCCUGGUGCCACUUCCCCCACCAGACACCCAGAAACCACCUCGGCUGCUCCCAACUGUUUUGCCAUCCUCAGUGGUUAGACGUCAGGCCACUAUCCUGUUGGUUUGGUUGGGAGUGCUGGUGGGAUCGCUUUACCUAUCCCUCUCCUUCCACAACUGCCGAGAGGAGCAGGGCACCUGCCAGUCCUCACCUUUCCUCUCCCCGCUUUCACGAGUAAAGAACAACCAACUGCGCAACCUCCACUAUGUCAUUUCCGUUGGCUCACUGGCCUUGUCGGGGUACCUUCUAUACCGAUGGCUCAGACAUUACGGGAACCUCAACUGUAUCAGUGUGACUGUGUUUUCGGCCUGCUUCCUCAUACCCCUGGCCUGUGUUUGCAUGGGAUUGCACUGGGCGGUCAGCGCCACCCCAGAGGACACCUUCAGGAAUUUGUCCGAACUCAUCGGCCUAGCUCAAGUGUUCCUGCCUAGGGCCACUUUCUGCUUACUAGGUUUUGGACUACUCCUGUUGUGGGUGGACCCCAUGACAGUGUUCCUCAAGUUAAGGACUCCAUUGAACUCUCGAGGAACGUCCCUGCCACCCCCCAAGUACCGAGCCAGUACGGGAAUCAGUCCACAGGCUGAACUGCACCACCUCAUACCACAGUUGUAUCAGCGCAUCCGACACUCGCUGGAAGACGGGGCCACGGAAAGUGGCGAAACUGACAGCAGGCCAGCUGUGGAGGCUUACGGGCUGGGUACAGUGUACUCUGCCCCAUUGGUCCUGCUUUGUGGACUCCUGGGGUUGGUGCUUCUGCUGCUCCAUCCGGAGGGAAUGGCUCUUGCCUUCCUGCUUCUUCUGCUGGAGGCCGGAGCCAUGCUGCACAUCCACGCCUGUAGCGCCAACCUCUCUAGCCUGCACAAGCACUCCAAUGGUUUCAGUGUGCCAUGGGCUCCAGUGGUUUCGUGGUCUCUGGCAGCCGCCCAGUUUUUCCAUGCAACAGGACACCUGCCUACCUUCCCCUCCAUUCAGUGGGGUGCUGCAUUUGUGGGCUUUCCUCAAGGUCACACAGGCACUGCACUUCCUGCGUCAUUGGUGACCCUCAACACCUUCUCCUCUCACAUUAUCUUUGCAGUUGGUUGUCCUCUGCUGCUGUUUUGGCCUCUGGUGUGCGAGGUGCGUGGGACCCGACCUACAUGCUCAGCAGGAGUGGAGGAGAGCGAGGACGCUGUCAUGGAGAUGAGACUGAGAGAAAACCCUCAGAAGUUCAGCUCGGGUCUCCUGGAGCUCGCUGCACGCUACCUCUUUGUGAAUGGAGCGCAGGUUUUUGCUUCGGUUUGUGCUGCAGCCAUCCUCAGGAGACACCUCAUGGUGUGGAAAGUGUUUGCACCCAAACUGAUGUUUGAGGCAUCAGGCUUCAUCGUGGGCAGUGUGUUUGUGAUACUGGGGGUCGCCAUGGUUAUGAGGGUGGAUAUAUCAGUGGGUGGGUUAUUUAAGAAACUCCUCCCUCAGAACUCCAGGUAGCACUGGCUACCCUGACCACACCCCCUUUUCCUCCUACAAACCCAAUCCAGAACUCUUCAGAGAUGUGCUGGUCAUCCUCCUCAACUCCACUGCCAACCAUACGAAUGGAAACCAGAUUUGUUUUGCAUCUGACUUUGUCUGUUUUGGACCAAAGAGAUCUACAGCAUCUCCUCAUUUUCAAAUACGUGAGAGAAGUCGAUAAACCGAAGUUGAUAUUUUAUAAAAGCUAUUUUAGAAGACUGCAACAGUCAUUAUGCUUUCGACAAGCUAUUGAACUGUCGGCCUUUGUUGCUCUGCUGCCUUUGUAUUGAAAAAGAGAGAGAGAAGAUGAUCUUUGUGCAUGCCUUUUUAUUGCCAUGUUCCACAAGGUCAUUAAAGAGACGAUUAGAAGUUAUUAUAUUGAAGGGCUACAUGAAAUCCACAGUGUUGCAAUGGUAUGAAAACGAAAACCCCUGCUGUUUGAACAUUUAAAGAGGCAGUUCAUAUUUAAUGUAAAUUGUCAUAAUUUCCACCCUCAUGUGGUUCCAAACCUCAAAGCAUUGAUCUAGAUGACCAAGCUGCUCCAUACAAUAAUAGUGGUUUGGGACCAGGCACAAUUGUGGUCACCAUUCACAUUCAUUGUAUGGAUAAGAGCAGCGUGGACAUCCUGCUGCUACAGGUGUGCUGUAGCAGAAUGUCCAAGCUGCUCUUUUCCAAACCUUUUCCAUUCCUUUGUGUUUUACUGAAGUAAGUCAUAUAGGUUUGGUGUGUAAAUGAUGACAGAGUUUUUUGGUUUUUGGUGAACUGUUCUUUUAAAAGCCACAAGUGCACGCUUGAGGGCCUCAUUAUUUUCAGCAGUGGACUGAAACUUUUUCUAUUUUUUUUUUAAGCUUGAACUUUGUUU